CACAACACGAACUAUCGAUACAGCUAUGAGACUUUAAGAAUCUUUCUCGCUCUGUCGAACAACUGCUGCGAUUUAGAAACUGUAAGUUAAUCAUCGCUUCUCUGCACAUUGCAAGCUCAAGGUAGAUACCUCCGUAGCUGUACUCUCGGAACGCUUGGCAUACGUUCGACGUCAAUUCUCCAGCAUACAAUGCGAUUAUGACCUUAGUGAAAUGAGGCAUGAAUUCUCGCCUCGAGACGAGAUCCGCGCAGACGCGCAAGCGCAUCGAAAACCAUACCUUCGAAGAUGAAGCCGGGGACGAGUAUGAAAGCUCAAAGUUCGGUGGUCACAGAGAGUACAUGCGCCGGAAGAGGAUCAAAUUGCAAAAUCUGGACUCCGAGAUACGCGCCAGAUCUGACAAUCCUCCCAUCUUCAAAGGCAUCGUGGUCUAUGUGAAUGGCUAUACCCAGCCAUCACUAAAUGACCUCCACACCAUGAUCGUGGCGUAUGGUGGCGGCUUUGCGCAGUAUUUGGAUGGCAAAACCUUUGUGACACAUAUUGUUGCAAGUAGCCUUACUCCGAAGAAAGCCGUCGAGUUCAAACGCUACAGGAUCGUCAAACCCGCAUGGAUUGUUGAUAGUAUCGCAGCAUCUAAAUGCUUGCCAUGGGACAAUUACCGCGUUGUAGAUGAGGGUGUCGGUCAAAAAGUGCUGGCCUUUAACAAUGGUCAGAUUUCCAGUCAGAUUAACAGACACACCAGAGGCUACAAAGAUCAGAGUGACAACAGCUGGUACAACAGCCAGCUCAAAAAUGUUCAACUCGAUGGCCCUAGUCGAGUCGACCCGCCCAAGCCAUCAUAUCUUCGAGGGCCCCCAGUCUCUUCCAAGCCCCCAACCUUGACGCCUGAGUAUGACGAUAUCAACGAUUCAGAAUUUGAAGCACUCGACAACGAAGAAGGGCUUGCUAGGGACCCGUUGGACUAUAGCGUGGAAACGCAGGAUCCUCUCGACGAUGUACCACAAACUCCUCUGCGUACCAGCUCUGCAGAGCAGAAUGCCGAGCCAGAUUCGGUGCCUUACUCUACAUCACCAUAUGGCCAAACAGCUUCCGAUCCACGUAGUGCCAAACAAUCAGAUACUCCAGGCAGAGUGUCUCCGCCGAAAACUAUCGAGAUGACUGCGGAAGAGCACAAUGCCAUGCUUCUGGCCGAUCCACGACUUCGCAAGUCGACGGUAGUCAAUCCAGAGUUCCUCGAACAAUACUAUCGAGAAUCUCGGUUACAUCAUCUGUCGACUUGGAAGGCAGAUCUCAAAUCGCAGCUCCAGGCACUUACGGCAGAGAAGUCUGCUUCCCAGAAGACCCGCCAGAAGCGUCCUUCUGGCGCUCGUCGCUACAUUAUGCACGUCGACUUUGACAGUUUCUUUGCUGCAGUCUCUGUGAAAAAGUAUCCUCAAUUUAAAGAUAAGCCUUGUGUUGUUGCUCAUGGUACUGGCUCAGCUGGUGGUAAUGGCUCAGAAAUUGCCUCCUGCAACUAUCCGGCGAGAGAGUUUGGCGUUAAGAACGGAAUGUGGAUGAAAAGAGCCCAAGAGUUAUGCCCUGAUUUGAAAGUACUUCCCUAUGACUUUCCAGCAUACGAAGAGUCGAGCAGACAAUUUUACUCUGCUAUAUUGGAAACGGGAGGCUUGGUACAGAGUGUCAGUGUCGAUGAAGCGCUCAUCGAUAUUAGUACGCAAUGUAUCUCCGUUGGCGGCACCGAUGGUGUCCGACGUUAUGAAGGAAGCAACUAUCGUGAGCAGUCCGAGGCUGAUCGUAUCGGUCGGGAACUGCGGAACGAAGUACUAAAGCGCACUGGCUGUAAUGUCUCCGUUGGCAUCGGAGCCAACAUACUACUCGCCAAGAUUGCAUUACGCAAGGCAAAGCCUGCCGGACAAUUUCAGCUCAAACCGGAAGAAGUUCUUGACUUCAUUGGCGCGCUGGAAGUACAGAGCUUACCAGGCGUCGCUUAUAGUAUUGGCGGCAAGCUGGAAGAGAUUGGCGUCAAGUACGUCAAAGACAUCCGUGAGCUCACAAAAGAGAAGCUUGUCAACACACUUGGUCCAAAGACGGGCGAAAAGCUGUGGGAGUACAGCCGUGGAAUCGACCGAGCCGAAGUUGGUGAUCAAGUUGUUCGCAAGUCGGUAUCUGCUGAUGUCAAUUGGGGCGUCCGCUUCGAGAAUCAAGAGCAGGUUGAUGAGUUUAUGACGAGCUUGUGCGGAGAGCUUGAGAAGCGACUGAACAAGGAGGGCGUCAAAGGUAGACAAUUGACUGUCAAGGUCAUGCGACGUUCACCUGACGCACCUCUAGAUCCACCAAAGCAUCUCGGACACGGCAAAUGUGACACUUACAACAAAAGCAUUCAAUUGGGAGUCGCGACCAACGACAGUGUCCUAAUGACGAAGGAAGUCUUGACCGUCAUGCGUAGUUUCGGUUUCAGGCCAGGUGAACUUCGCGGAAUAGGAAUCCAGAUGACUAAGUUGGAACCGCUUAAGACUGGUACAGAUGGCCGAGCCGAUAGCAGCCAACCACGACUGCAGUUCAGAUUAGCCCAGUCUGUGAAAAUGAAGCCAGCUCCUGAAGCAGAGCCGAGCGAGGAUCCGAUCACUGAUGACAUCAAGACGCCGAAGAAAAAUCGUGUGCGCGACACUGGCGGUACAAGCUUCCUGGACAACAUAGUCAACAACCCCUCGCCUAGCAAACGACCGUUGAACAUCUUGGGCACUCAAUUUGCUCUUCCAACUCAGGUCGAUCCUCGAGUGCUUGCUGAACUCCCUGAAGAGAUCAGAGCAAGAUUGAUCAGACAGUCACGUCCUAACCAAGCCAUCGCAGCUGCCGAGGGCCGCAAAAGUCCCACUCCAGCAAAAAAGGCGUCUCGAACAAUACCAGCAGCUUUAGGCUUGCCCAACCAAUCUCAACUCGACCCCGAAAUCCUCAAAUCUCUUCCGGAAGACGUUCGUCGAGAUGUCAUGGCAAUGUACCAAACCACAACAUCUCCACGUAAAGGACAAGAUCAGACCAUUCUUCCGCAGUCUCCACGAAAGAACCGCAUCAUACCCCCAGUCAAGAAACUCGGCGGCAGAAAACCCCGUGGCGGUGGCUUGUUUGCCAGGGCGCGAGCUACCAAUGGCAAUUCGACACUCACACAGGCGAACUUCGUCAACCGAGAGACCGACACUGAAGAUGUCAGUGCAGCAGAAGAGAUUGACGAAGAGUUUCUCGCCGCUUUACCGCCAGAGAUAAGAAAAGAAGUACUAGACGAAAGAAGAUCAGCACAACUCAGACGAUCAGGUGGUAUCGAAGCCAACAAAUCACGCUCAGGAGGCAAAAGACAAGAAACACCAGCAAACACCAUCGAACGAUUCUUCCAAUUACCACCAAGACUGGAGAAGCCAAGUUUUACGUCUAACAAACUCACAGAACUUCCAGACCUGAGAAAAGCAGUCAGGGAAUGGGUCAAGGAGUUUUGGGACGAAGCACCCUAUGCAGAGGAUACUGGAUCUUUGGUGACGUAUCUCGUUACCGUGGUGAAGCAGGAGAGGGAUGUUGAUAAAGCUGUCAAGAUUGUGAAAUGGCUGGGCUUGGUCGUGGAUCAAGAAGUGUUAGGCAAAGAUCUGGCGGAUGAAGUCAAAGAGGGUUGGGGUGAGGCAUGUGCAGAUGUGAGGAGAGGUGUUCAAGAUGCUAUUGUUGCGAGAGGAUUACCUGAGGAAGGCCAAUUGCAUCGCCAGAAUUGA